AUGGUCGCACCAAGCCGCAUCACGCCCACCGGCGGCAUCUCGUUUGCGCAGCACCCCAUGGAGGGCAAAAAGGGCGUCCGCUUCGAACACUGCUUCAAACUUCGCAUCACCUUCCCGGCCCACGUCAAGGCCGACAUGGUCACCGCCAAGGCGACGCUGUACAAUGCCGACGCCGCCAUCACACCCUAUGCCGACGCGGACCCGGCGCCGCGCCUGAUUGCUCCCGAGCGAACAUCGUCCCGGCUGCUGCGCAUGGGCGUGGAUGGCAGCCGGCAGUUUGAGCUCGAGUUUUGGAGCCUGGCCAUCAACCGGGCGGGGCGGUUUUGCGUCCGGUUCGACGUCGACUACUACUACAAGCUGAACCCGCGCCGGGCGUAUGGUGUGCGGUAUUCGUACAACAUCAAUAUUGCCGACUUUUCGUUCUAA